GGUAACAAUAUUCUUCCUUUGGUGCGAUGAUGAUGAUAACGUAAAUUACAGACAAUAUGUCAUUUAUACCAUUGUUUGACCCAUUCGGAGAUUUUUGAGCUGUUAUUCAUCGAGGAUCAGGGCACAAGGAAUCUCGCAACGUAUAGUGUUCCUAAUACAAUAACGUAAAUUAAGGUUACUGGAUUGCAUAAUGAUGGAUGACAUUUUCCGAAGAUAAUUAACUGUUUUGGUGAUAUGCAUUUCAUGUGUUGUUCUUUCGUGAUAACAUGCACGGAGCCAGCAUCGUUUAUGACAUAAUUAUGAACUCGUUAGCAGCGACGAGGCUGGUCUAGACGAUGUACGAUAAUCUAGUUAGUGAUAAGAUCGCAUCGGACAAAAUCCUAAAUAUCACCAAAAUCUUUCACUUUUCGCGUAACAGAAAAUAAAGAAAAAUGGAUUGUCAACACACAGAUACUAUGGAAGAAAUAGUGAAGCUUGGACAACUCUUGCAUCAAAACGGAGAUAAAGUGUUAAGCGCGUCAAGUAAACUGUCUCUGUCGACCAUGUUACUCUACAAUUUAAACGAAGCAUUUUCUUUAAUCGUGGAUAAAUCAGAAGACUUAGAAUCUUCUUUCCAAGUGUGCAAUAGCUCCAAUAUCAAUGUAUUUAGCGAUUUGAAAUUUGUAUACGAUUUUAUACAGAAAACGGUUGGAUUGAAAGUGACUUAUUGCGCGAACAAUCCCAACAUACCUGUUGAUAUUACUAAGUUUAGGCAUUUGAAAUAUUUGGAAUUGAAGAAAAUUAAUAUAGACUCUGUAAAGGGGCUUCAAAGGGUCAGAGGUCAACUUGAAAGCGUUAUCUGCGCUGGUAGGAAAGGAAUUUGUACUGUCAGUCAAUUAUUAGCUAGUUGCGGUGAAGAUGCCAGCAUUGGAUUUGUUUGGGAUUCAUUGAAACAUUUAGCAUUAUCUCACAAUGCUCUUGAAAAAUUGGAUAAAUCUUUGGAACUGGCACCUUGGCUACAAUUAAUUGAUUUGAGUCACAACUUAUUAACAUCCGUAGACGAAUUAUCUUGUUUACCCAACUUGAAAUAUGUGAAUCUCGGAUAUAACAAGCUCGAGGCAGUACCUACAUUCAAUAAGGCUGCAUCGCAUUCUUUACAAGUAUUAGUUCUGAAGAACAAUUACAUAGAAAAUUUAAAUGGUUUACAAAAUUUAGAGUGUUUAACGGAAUUAGAUUUAUCGUAUAACUGUGUAAUGGAGCAUUCAACUUUAUGGGUAUUGGAGAGAAUGUCUACUUUGUUGUGGAUAUCUCUGGAAGGCAAUCCUUUAUCGUAUCACCUAAAACAUCGACAGUUAUCCAUGAAAUAUUUACAUCCGAGCUUAAGCGAAAGCAAGUUUGUUUUAGACCGUUUGCGACUUUCGAAAUCAGAGAAACAAACUAUUACAGGGAAUCGGCGAUUUAUGAUCAGAUCCGAGCAACCUAUGUCAAAUGAAUUCUCUGCUUCUGUAUCGAAUUCGUUGAAUUCUAGUAGUUUAUCUGUAUCUAUGAACGCGUCUACUUUAAAUGAAAGCGUAAUGGAAAGAUCUACAGAAUCGAUGAAUACUUUAGAAAGAAGUAUAACCAAAGCUAAGAAAAAAUUGAAUGUAAAAGAAGCCGUUAUCGCAGAAGAUGAACACGAACAUAAAAAGCUAAAAGAGAAUUAUAUUAUUUACAGAUCGUAUUCAGAAUCGUCGAAAGACCAUUUGGAAACGAAGAAACAAAUUUUAGCGUUGCGAGAAACAUAUGGCGAGGACGCAUGGUUAAGCAGUUACGCUGGAACAGUCGUUCAAGACAUCAUGGGUUUGCAGUCGUCCUCAGAAUCUGCUACAGAAACUUUAGAUGACACGACCGAGACGGCGGAAGAAACCGAAAAACAUUCGACAACGGAAAACAACGAAACCAGUAACGAAAAGGAAGAACAUAUCGAAACAUCAAGGGAGGAACAGAGUAUUCCUGAAUCGACCAGCGACACAGCAAUCGCAGUCGUAAACAUACCUGACCCUCCCUAUGACCCAGACGAAGAAAAAGGAGAUUUGUAUCUAGUACACAAAAAGAAGAACGAUCACGAAUUGGAAGAAGUGUUCUUGAUAAUAACGUUAGAUGACAUUAAAGAGAGAGAUUCGAUGACUGGGAAAUUAAAGUCUUGUUGGUCGACGAGUUCUGUGUUAUCGUGCGUGCUGGGUAGAAGCGAACCGAUCACGGUAGAUAUCAUUUUUGAUACAACACGAGAAACUCGUCAAAACAGAAGAUAUUUCGUACAACCAGACGAUGCAAAGAAAAUAGUAACAACUAUUGGCGAAAGGAUGAAAAAACGAACGAUCUCAUUGAAAGUUUUUAAAUGCAUGAAAUGUUCGACUCAUUUCUCUCAAGAUAUAGAAUAUGCCACUGUCAUAAGUACAUCUGUGUCAGGUGUAAAACAGUUAAAGUGCCCCACUUGCAAAAGUACACUAGUCGUGGAAACAGAUGAAUUAUCAACGAUAGACGUGGAAAGCGAGGUUUUCGAAAGUACGACGGAAAGUUCAUCGAGAAAUCAAUAUUCGGAAAAUACCAUGAAAUCAAAUUUGCAACAUUCCGAGUCCUUCUCCAGCAUUGGUGGAACGGAGGGUCGAGCUAUAUCCGUCACCACUUCUCUGGUGCACUCCGACUCUCACACCCAAGCUCAAGUCUGCUGUUCAGCAACGAGUUUAGAAGAUUCGCGAGAAUCUACGCCAUCCACAAAUGCGCUAAACCGGAAAUACGAGAGCGAUAUAGAGGUUCUUAGCAACCCAAGCCAAAGCAGCAUCGAAAUCCUCGAUGAAGCUUCGAGAACUCACUUGACACCGCAUAGAAAGCGGUCUUCAGAAGAAAGACGUGCAGCUGUUGCCCCGUCUCUCUUAACGAUACCAGACGUAGCGCCAAUCAUGACUGGUUUAACCGAGAGUAGUUCUUCAGGUUCCCUGACAGAUAGUAUAUGCACCGCGUAUGAAAAAAAAAUAAUCAGGCAAACUAACGCGGAUGAAAAAUCCCUUAACAGUAGUAACGAUAAAGAGACCAAAUUCACGCCCGUAACAAAUCUAACUUCUAUGCUAGGUGGUUUACUUCAAAGUAUAAAGAUUGGCAGUAACAAGCCGUUGUUAAAAGAGGAAGAAGCGUCGCCUUUCUUGGGCAGUAAUAUCCAGUAUUCUUAUACCGAUUUUAGUAGUAUAGAUCACAGAAUAAAGUUACAUAUCAUCUUGAACAUAUUCGAACACGAAAACGAGGAACUCAUUCUUCUACUUAGGGCGGACAUUCUGAUGUGUAACGCGAAGGACACGUUUCCUGGUUGCUUGGUUCUGUCUACGUCGAAAGUUUAUGUUCUUAGAAUCGAUGGAUUAGAGGGAGAGGAUCCACAACGUUGGUUACAUAAGGAAAUCAGUUGGACAAUGGAUAGAUUACGAUCGUUUUCGCCGUUACCAUUUAAACAAGGUGUCUUGGUCGAAUUAGAACAAUCUAACAAAUUGAACCAAGAACUGCAAUCCCCCAUUACAUUUUUAUGCAUAUUGCAAGAUUUUCAGAGAACGUCUAAUUUUUUAUUCUACGCCACCGACUCAUCCUUGCCACCUAGUUGCGAAGUUGAAUUUUCAGUACCGAAACAUUGCACUGUUUUAAUGCAUGGCUUAUUAAAAGAUUGCAAGAGUUUUCAAGAUGGCGACGCUGUGAGACUACUCGCAUUGUUUUCUUCCGCCUUAUUAAAAUACCAGGAUCUCGAAGAGCAACUUAAAUUAUCGAGUUUGAUCAUAACGGCUUCCGUCUUAGUGAUAUGCAAUAUACAGUGGCUUUUACCGAGCAAUAAAGAAACGCCGCAAGUAGUAAGGGAACAAGCUAUGAGCAAUUUAAUCGGAAUAGAACAUUAUAGUUCGUCACUAACCUUGAACUUCUUAGACGAGGUAGCGGAACAGGAGGAAUCGUGGGUGUUGAAUUUCGUUUCUGUAAGUGCCGCUGAGACAGUUAUUAACUCGGUACAACCGCCAUGGGAGGAACUGUUUUCGAUUCCUUUGCAAAUUACUACGACAUGCAAAACAAAAGAGACCGAGGACGUAUAAAAGGAACUUUAAUACGCCUAAAAAAAUAUUCUAGUCGAUCGAAAUACCCCGCGUGAUCAUCAAAGAGUUACAAUUCGUUAGGAUGAAUCGAUAGAGUUUCUAAUACUAUACGAUUUGUAUUUUGAACACGGUAACGAUACCUUUCUUUUUUUAUCAAGUAUAUUCAAUUAAUGGUAAGGUGACAAAUGUUACAUCAUAAGUAACAAUCGGUAAUAUUUGUCGUUUUUUAAUCUGUAUUUUUGUAUUGUUCGAAUAACAAGCAAAAAAUGGAUAGUUACAUAAGGGAGCCUUGAAUUAAAAAUAUCAGUUAUCUCGUUGAUUUACUCUCUCUUUUCUCUCUCUCUCUCUCUCUCUUUUUUUUUUUUUAUAUAUAAAUCGUAACUUAUCAAUUUUCUAUAAAACGUUAAUGACACGUCGCUUUUUAUUAUUUCUAACGUUUCAUCUCAGUCACUGAAACAGAUGAAAUUUCAAACGGUGCUAUAGAUGUUAAAAUACCGCGUCUCUGAAUGUUUAUUACUGGAAACAAUUUUUUAUAUAACUAAUUUAUUAUGCCUUUCGAAUAAUCAAAUGCUUAACAACGUUAUAAAUGUUGUUUAUUUAUUGUUUUGAUAUUGAAAGUAGUACUUGUAAUGUAUUUUGUAGCAAGAACGUUCAUUUUACCGUCGGCAAUCUUGAAAAUCUAAGAUGAAGUAACCUUAAAGUAGCCUUAAUCGUGCAAUUAUUGCAAGCGGUCGUGUAUUUUUUUUAUACAGCAAGGCGAAUGAUACGCAGAGUUUGUUCAGUUUAAGUUUGUACGUUCUAUAAAUAGAAGUAGAAGGGUUUAAAAAGAUAUCAUUAAAAAAAUCUUCACUUAUAUACAAUUUUUAUAACAGAAGCAAAUGCACAGUUUUUGCAUAUUUCUAUUUGCGUACCGAGAAUGUGAAUAACAUAGUGUUAGAAAAAAAACAAUUACACACUGAAUACUAGUUGAGCAUAGCGAUCAGUCUGUGAUAUAUAUUUUUUUAAUUUUUAAUAUAUAAGUAUGUCGAUAUGUAUGUAUAAUUCACGUAUUUAAAAUGGUAAAGAUACGAUGACCUGUUUCUGCUGAGUCAUUUUGUAUAUUCGAUCAAUUAAUACUUGCAAAUCUUGAAUACCUUCAGUAAUUUAAGUAGCUCAUUCUAUUACGAUAAUGACAAAUAUCACUUGUGUAUAUGUAAAUAAACUGUUAUCAUGUCUAUUAUUA